AUGAGCUGCGCGUGCCGGACCGCGCCCUGGAGGGCCUUUGUCCAGGGCCUGGCGCAGGUCCACAGGCUCGAGGCGGCGCCGAUCCUUCGUGUCACACGUGCCGCCGCCGGCCUCGCACCCGUUGCGCCUGCUCGCCUGGCAUUGCGCCGUGCGCUGCCUGCUGCGCCGCUGCGGGGAGAUCGUGGGUUCCAUGCCUCGUCGGGAUUGAGGCAAGAUGCCGCUGGUGCAGCUGCGGCGAAGACACACGAGCCGCCGAAUACGACGCGGGAGACGGAGGAGGGGCUGAGCGCUGAGCCACCGUCCUCGGAGCAGGAGGCAUCGUCAGCACCGGCGCAGUCCAAGCCGAGGCGGAGGAGACGCAACGAGGACGCGAAACUCGACAUUGACGAAUCUGCUGCGCGGCCGGCCGAUGGAGCCGCGCCCCCGACCAAGGCGAAGCGCGGGCGAAAGCCCCAACCCGACUCCUCCUCAUCCCCAACCCGCAACAACACGCACGACGACGACCCCUCCGCCGCCAACAAACCCCAACGCGAAGCGUGGCAGACGCAAAAGGCGGCACUGAAAGAAAAGUUCCCCUCCGGAUGGAAGCCGCGCAAGCGCCUCUCGCCCGACGCGCUGGCGGGCAUCCGGGCGCUCAACGCGCAGUUCCCCGACGUGUACACGACGCAGGCGCUGGCGGACAAGUUCGAGGUGUCGGCCGAGGCGAUCCGGCGCAUCCUCAAGAGCAAGUGGCAGCCGUCGGCGGCGGAGGAGGAGGAGCGGCAGCAGCGCUGGUUCCGGCGCGGCGUGCAGGUGUGGGAGCACAAGGCCGCGCUGGGGGUCAAGCCGCCGCGCAGGUGGCGCCGCGAGGGCGUCGCGCGGGAUCCCGCGUACCAUGAGCGCAGGGGCCAGGCGGCGGAGAGGGAGAGGCGGUGGGAGGAGGAGGAGGAUAGGCGGUAUAGGGAGCGGAGGGGGGGACGGAGCGGCGGCGGCGGGGGGCAGCAGUCGCAGCAGCAGCGGCCUUGA